GCACAGACGAGCACAGCCACUGCCGCUGCAGGACAGGACCCCGUGCACCUGCCUGAGCUGCCCGUGCCCGCGCCAGCACUGGCAGAGCCGGAGACGAGCAUGCCUGUUCCCGCAGAGAGGACCCAGAGCGAGCCGAGGGGCAGCAUGGAGGGCCCCACGUCUCCGGGCCAGAGACAGGAGGGCUCCAGGGCAGACAAUGGGGCGCACCUGGAGGUGCCAGGGACCAUUGCGGGGGUGUACAUUGAGGCCUCCAAGAAGACAAUGAGCGUCUAUGAUGCCACCCGAGAGCACCUCCUGAUGCUGGAGCCGGCGCUCGCCCUCCUGGAGGCCCAGGCAGCCACCGGCUCCAUCGCCGACCCCGUCAAGAACAAGCAGUGCUCGGUGGCGGACGCCGUCAGGCUGGGGCUGGUAGGCCUGGAGCUGAAAGAGCGGCUGCUGUCUGCAGAGAAAGCCGUGACCGGCUUCGCAGACCCCUACACGGAGGAGAGGAUCCCGCUGUGCCAGGCCAUCAGCAAGGAGCUGGUUGGGAAGGAGCAGGGCGCCCGCCUGCUGCAGGCCCAGCUGGCCACGGGGGGCGUGAUCGACCCGGCCACGGGUGCCCGUGUCUCCGCGGAGGUGGCCUGCGAGCGGGGAUGCUUGGACGAGGAGAUGAGCCGGUUCCUCUCUGACCCCAGCAAUGAGGACAGCAAAGCGUUCCUGGACCCCAACACCAACGAGAGGGUCACCUACGCGGAGCUGAAGACGAGAUGCAUCACCGACCCGGCCACGGGGCUCCUGCUCCUGCCCCUGACGAUCACCUUCCCGGGGCUCAGGGGCAGGGUGAGCUGCUGCCAGCUGCGGGACUCCGACGUCAUCAGCGCGGACACGUUCAGAGCCCUCUGCGAGGGGCAGGUUUCAGCGCAGGAGGUAGCGGAGAUGGACUCGGUCCGGCGGUCCCUGGAAGGGACGGGGCACGUAGCUGGCGUCGCCGUGCUGCCUGCGGGGGAGACGAAGAGCCUUUACCAAGCGCUGGCGGAGCACCUCCUCAUGCCCGGCACGGCACUGACCCUGCUGCAGGCGCAGGCUGCCACCGGCGGCCUGACGGACCCCAUCAAGGGCAAGCGGCUCUCGGUGGACGAUGCCGUCAGGGCUGGCGUCGUCGGUCCCGAGCUUCACGAGAAACUGUCAUCAGCCGAGAGAGCCGUAACGGGGUACCGAGACCCCUACACGGGGGCCCCGCUCUCCCUGUGCCAGGCCAUGAAGAAGGGGCUGGUUGCCAAGGACCAUGGCAUGUGUCUCCUGGAGGCCCAGGUGGCCACCGGCGGCAUCAUUGCGCCAGGCCAGAACCACCGCCUCCCGGCAGAGGUGGCCCUCAGGGAUGGGUAUCUAGACGAGGACACGAAUCGGCUCCUCUCCAGCCCCUCUGACGGCAUCAGAGGAUUCUUCGACCCCAGCGCCAAGGAGAGCCUGACGUACGCGGAGCUGCUCGAGAGAUGCGUCACCGACCCAGGCACCGGGCUGCACCUGCUGCCGCUGCACGGGGAGGGGAGGGAAGGCGCUCAGGGGACGCAGCCCUUCAUCGACCACGGCACUCGGCUGGCUCUGGAAAACACGAAGGUACCGGUGAGCCGUGGCAAGUCCAAGGGGAGGUCGGCAUCGCUCUGGAAGCUCCUCUUCUCAGACUACUUCACGGCGGAGCAGAGGGCCGCGCUGGCCCAGCGGUACCAAGCAGGGACACUUUCCGUGCAAGACCUGGCCAAGGAGGUCCGUGCCACCAUGGAGCAAGUGGCUGCCACCAGCCACGUCACUUUUGAAGGCCUGAGGGAGAAGGUGACCCCGGACCAGCUUCUGAGCUCUGAGAUCAUUAACAAGGAUUUGUUUGAGAAGCUGAAGCAGGGGGAGACGUCGGCCAAAGAAGUGGUCAGGAUGGACACGGUCCGGAAGUACCUGCAAGGGACAGGCAGCAUCAGCGGGCUGCUCCUGCCGGACUCGCAGGAGAAAAUCAGCAUCUACCAGGCGAGGAGGAGAGGCUUCUUAAUGCCUGGGACGUCUCUCAUCCUGCUCGAGGCGCAGGCGGCCACUGGCUUCAUCAUCGACCCGGUGGCCAACAAGAAGUACUCUGUGGACGAGGCUCUGCGUGCAAGGGUCAUCGGCCCAGAAAUAUAUGACAAGCUGUUGUCGGCGGAGAAAUCAGUCACCGGCUACAGAGACCCCUACACCGGAAACAAGAUUUCCCUCUUCCAGGCGAUGAGCAAAGAGCACAUCGUUCGGGAGCACGGCAUCCGCCUGCUGGAAGCCCAAAUCGCCACUGGCGGCAUCAUCGACCCCAUCAACAGCCACCGCAUCCCCGUGGAGGUGGCCUACAAGCGGGGCUACUUCGACAAGAAGAUGAACCUGGUCCUCUCGGACCCCAGCGACGACACCAAGGGCUUCUUCGACCCCAACACCCAGGAGAACCUCACCUACCUGCAGCUGAAGGAGAAGUGCAUCACGGAGCCCGCCACCGGGCUCUGCCUCCUGCCCCUGAACAGCAGGAAGCGCCAGACCGUCGACGCCAGCACGAGAGACGCCCUGCGCAGCGCCGAGCUUCUCGUGCGCUACGGCAGGCUCCAGGGCACGCGCGUCUCCCUGUGGGACUUGCUGACCUCCGAGUACUUCAGCGAGGGCAAGCGGCGGGAGAUAUUCAACCACUACCGCCUCCGGAAGCUCAGCCUGGAGCAGAUCCAAGCCAUGCUGGAGGAGGAGAUGAAGAAAUGGGCCCCCAUCAAGUUCCCAGCCAUGAGAGGCAGCGUCACGGCUUACCAUCUGCUGGAGACGGGCAUCAUCGACCGGGCUCUGUUUGAGAGGGUGCUGGAGGGGUCUGUGAGCCCGGAGGAAGUGCUGCGCAUGGACACCGUCAGGAAGUACCUCUGCGGCUCCGGGAGCAUCGGCGGGGUCGUGCUGCAGCCGUCAAACCAGAGGAUGAGCAUCUACGAAGCCAUGAAGAGGAAGAUUGUGACGCCCGUGACCGCUCUCCCGCUGCUGGAGGCCCAGGCUGCCACAGGCUUCAUCAUCGACCCGGUGAGCAAGCAGAAGCUGCGCGUGGACGAUGCCGUCAGAGAAGGGGUUGUUGGGCCAGAGCUCCACGAGAAGCUGCAGCACGUGGAAGCAGCCGUCACGGGCUACAAAGACCCUUUCACAGGCAAGAAGAUAUCCGUCUUCCAAGCCAUGAAAAAGGGCCUCAUUGCCGACAAGCAGGCCAAGCAGCUAAUGGAAGCCCAGAUUGCAACCGGAGGCAUCAUCGAUCCCACCUGCGGCCACCACGUCCCCGUAGCGUUUGCCCAGAAACAAGGCUACUUGGAUGAGGGCAUGAGCAAAGCCCUUUCUAGCCCCACCGACGACACCCGGGCCUUCUCUGUCCCAAACACCAAAGACAUCCUGACCUACGCGCAGCUGAUCGAGAGGUGCGAGAAGGACGAGACCUCCGGCUUCCACCUGCUGCCCUUGCCACAAACAGCCACCCCCGUCCACACAGAGGAGCAGAUCCAGCAGCUCUUCAAGGAGACGGCGGUGAAGGAGCGAGGGGUCUCCCUCUGGGAGCUGAUCAGCUCUGGCUACUUCACUGAGGAGCAGAGGAAUGACUUGGUGGAGAAGUUCAGGUCCGAGGCGGUGUCCCUCCCGCAGCUGGUCGUCCUCGUUCUGAAGCUCGUGAAGGAAAUGGAGUUGAAAGCUCGCACUCACAUCACCUUCGAAGGCCUGCGAGGCCGUGUGCCUGCCGUCUGGCUGCUGGACGCGGGUGUCAUCGAUGAGAGCGUGUUCGAAGAACUGGCUCAGGGCACGAGAACAGCCGGAGAAGUAGCCGCGAUGGAAAGCGUGAAGACGUACUUGCAGGGCACUGGGAGCAUCGCUGGUGUCUGUGUGCAGGCCUCCAAGGAGAAGAUGAGCGUUUACCAAGCAUUGAAACGCAGCCUCCUCCUGCCCGGCACAGGGCUGAUGCUGCUAGAGGCUCAAGCAGCCACUGGAAACCUAACAGACCCAGUGACAAACCAGAAACUGGGGGUGGAGGAUGCUGUCAAGGCAGGCAUCGUGGGUGAAGAGCUCACCGAGAAGCUCCUCCUGGCAGAGAGGGCAGUGACCGGCUACGCAGACCCAUACACAGGAAACGCCAUCUCCGUGUGCCAAGCGGUGAGGAAGGAGCUCAUUCCCCUGAGCAAAGGCAUUGCCUUGCUGGAGGCCCAGCUGGCAACGGGAGGGGUCAUUGAUCCCAUCCAUCAUCUCCACCUUCCUCUUCCGGCUGCCUAUAGGCACGGCUUUUACGAUGAAGAAAUGAACAAAACCCUCUCCCGGCUCAAUGACACCACCAGGAUCUUUUUUGACCCAAACACACAGGAGAGCCUGACUUACCAGCAGCUGAAGGACAGGUGCACCCUUGACCCGGAGACAGGCCUCUGGCUGCUGCCUCUGUCAGAGCAUGCAGCUUUCUACGUGGACGAGCAAACCAUGAAGGUGCUGAAAUCUGUGACGGUCUCUGCUCACAUAGGGCGGUUCAAAGGGCAGACAGUCUCUGUCUGGGACCUCCUCACCUCUGAGUACAUCUCAAACUGCAAGCGGAGAGAGCUGGUGGAGAAAUACAAGGAGGAGACCACUGAUUUGCUGCAAGAAAUCAUAACCGUCAUCACCACGGUCAUCAAAGAGACCGAGCAGCAAGCAAAGAAGUUUGCCUUCAAGGGCCUGCGGAAGCAGGUGUCAGCCAGCGACCUCUUCCAGUCCCAGCUGAUAGACAAGACAACCCUUGAUGAGCUCAGACAGGGGAAGAAAACUGUCAAAGAAGUCACUGAAAUGGACUCGGUCCGGAGGUACCUAGAGGGAUGUAAUUUCAUAGCUGGAGUCAUCAUACAGCCGAGCAAUGAGAAGAUGAGCAUCUUCCAAGCCAUGAGGAAGAGGCUCCUGAGACCGGGCACAGCGCUGGUGCUGCUGGAGGCGCAGGCUGCCACUGGGUAUGUCAUUGAUCCCGUGAAGAACAAGCAGCUGUCGGUGGAGGAGGCGCUGGCAGCAGGGCUGAUAGGAGCGGAUGUUUAUGACAAGCUGCUCUGUGCCGAGAAGGCGGUGACAGGAUACACUCACCCUGGCACAAAAGCCCAAAUCUCCCUCUUUGAAGCCAUGAACCAGGGCCUCAUCCUGAAGAGCCACGGCAUCCGCCUGCUGGAAGCCCAGAUUGCCACCGGCGGCAUCAUCGACCCGGUGCACAGCCACCGCCUGCCCGUGGAGGUGGCCUACAAGCGGGGCUACUUCGACCAGGAGAUGAGCCAGAUCCUCUCGGACCCCAGCGACGACACCAAGGGCUUCUUCGACCCCAACACUCAUGAAAAUCUCACCUACAUGCAGCUCUUGGAGAGGUGUGUCCAAGACCCUGACACUGGGCUGUACAUGCUCCAGAUAGUCAAGAAAGGGGGCCAGUACUUCUAUAUUGAUGAGGCAACAAAACAAUUUCUACUCUCAAAACCGAUCCAAAUGCAAGUUGGGAAGUUCAAAGACCAAAAAGUAUCUGUCUGGGAGCUUCUGUGCUCUCACUACAUCUCAGAACAAAAAAGGAAAGAAUUAGUGAAGCAGUACAAAUGUGAAACUCUGACACUAGAGCAGCUCAUCGCAGCCGUCAUCAACAUUGUUGAGGAAAUGGAGCAGAGGAACCAGGCCCUUAAGUUUACAGGACUCAGAGGUGAUGUAUCAGCAUUGGAGUUAUUCGACGCGCAGAUCAUUGACAAGAACACGCUGGAGAGCUUGCAGCAAGGCAGUCUAACGGUGCAAAAACUCGCCCAAACAGAAUCCAUCCAAAGAUACCUGCACGGGACAGGAUGCGUUGCUGGGGUGCAACUCCCAGCAAACAAUGAGAAGAUGAGCAUCUACGAGGCGGUGAAGAGAGGCCUCCUAAGGGAAGAAACUGCGCUGGUGCUGCUGGAGGCGCAGGCGGCCACCGGCUUCAUUGUGGACCCGCUCCAGAACCAGAAGCUGUCCGUGGACGCCGCCGUGGCCGCCGGCCUGGUGGGCAGCGAGCUCCACAACAAGCUUCUCUUGGCCGAGAGAGCCGUGACCGGCUACCGCGACCCCAACACUGGGGACCAGAUUUCUCUCUUCCAGGCCAUGAAGAAAGGCCUUAUCCUGAAGAGCCACGGCAUCCGCCUGCUGGAGGCCCAGAUCGCCACCGGUGGCAUCAUCGACCCGGCGCACAGCCACCGCCUGCCCGUGGAGGUUGCUGAAAAGCGGAGCCUCUUAGAUGAUGACACAUUGCUCCUGCUCUCCGAUCCAGAGCAUGGAAGCAAAGGAUUUAUGGAUCCUGUUACUCAUGAAAAAAUCACCUAUGCCCAGCUCCUGAACAGAUGCAGCAGAGAGCCAAAAACAGGACUGUACUUUCUCCAGCUCCUACAAAAGAAGGAUGAUUACUUCUACAUUGAUGAGGAAACCAAAAACAACUUCCUCGCAACAAAAGUACAGGUAUCAAUAGGAAAAUAUCAAGGCCUUACAUUAUCACUUUGGGAACUCCUAAACUCAGAAUAUAUCACACAAGAAAAGAGGAAGGAAUUUUUAAAAAAAUAUAAAGCACAAUCUUCUGUUAUAACACAACAUUUGAUAGACAAAAUCUUAGACAUUGUUAAAGAAAAAGAAAGGGACAGAAAUGAUAUCUGGUUUAAGGGACUCAGAAAGCAAAUAACAGCAAGAGAACUAUACACGGCAGAGAUCAUCACAAAAGAUACAAUGGAAAAGUUGGAGGAAGGAAAAACAAGUGCAGAAGAGAUAGCAAAUACUGCUUCAAUAAAAAGAUACCUAGAAGGGAGUAGCUGCAUCGCUGGCCUCCUGGUGCCCUCCAAGACCGACCCGUCCAAGAUGGAGAAGAUGAGCAUCUACCAGGCCAUUUGGAAGGGGAUCCUGAGGCCGGGCACCGGCCUGGUGCUCCUGGAGGCGCAGGCGGCCACCGGCUUCAUCGUGGACCCGCUCCAGAACCAGAAGCUGUCGGUAGAGGAAGCUAUCUCUGCUGGCCUUGUGGGCACUGAGCUUCGCAAAAAGCUUAUUUCCGCAGAAAAAGCAGUGACCGGCUAUCAAGACCCCUACACAGGGAAGCAAAACUCCCUGUUCCAGGCCAUGAAGAAAGACCUCAUCGUCAAGAACCACGGCAUCCGCCUCCUGGAGGCCCAGAUCGCCACUGGCGGCAUCAUCGACCCGGUGCACAGCCACCGCCUGCCCGUGGAGGUGGCCUACAAGCGGGGCUACUUCGACCAGGAGAUGAGCCAGAUCCUCUCGGACCCCAGCGACGACACCAAGGGCUUCUUCGACCCCAACACCCAGGAGAACCUCACCUACGCGCAGCUCCUCAGCCGCUGCGUCCCAGACCCCGACUCGGGGCUCCUCAUGCUGCAGCUCAUGGACAAGGGCUCCGUGCUCUUCCAGCUCAACGAGGACGCGCGCAAAGCCUUGCAGUCCGCCCGGGUGGAAGUCCACGUGGGCCUCUUCCAGGGCCAGAGCGUGUCCGUCUGGGAACUGCUCUUCUCCCGCUACGUCCUGGAGCACAGGAGGCAGGAGCUGCUGAGGAAGUACAAGGCGGGGCGGCUGAGCGUUCAGGAGAUGAUCACCGUCCUCACCACCAUCGUCACCGAGACCGAGGAGAAGAGCAGCCGGGAGCACGGGCCUGGCAAGAGCCCCAGCACCCAGCUGGAGGCAGGGCCGGAGGCGCGCUCCCCCGGGGCCGACCGCUCGUCCCGGGAAGACGGCUGGGAAAAGAGCUUGCGGGCCACCAUGGUCGACGUGCCCGCCGGCCAGUUCCGAGGGCGAAAGGUCUCCGUGUGGGAGCUGCUCUUCUCCGGGGACGUCGCCCCCGAGCGACGGCAAGAGCUGCUGGAGAAGCACAGAGCGGGCACGCUCCCCACCCAAGAGCUGGUCUCCAUCGUCAUCGCCAUCCUCAGCCGGGAGGCCCGAGGCAGCGCGGGCGAGCUAACCUCCAACGGGACAGCAGCCGGCAGAGAGAGGGCCGGGGAGGACGGCGCCGCCGCUCGUGCCCGAAAGGAGCGGGAGCGGGAGCCGGAGCCGGAGCCGGAGCCGGAGCGGGAGCCGGAGCGGGAGCUGGAGAAGGCCUUGAAGUCGAGGAGCGUGGCUGGGCCGGGCGGCGACUUUGCCGGGCGCGAGGUGUCUGUGUGGGAACUGCUCCACUCCAGAUACAUCUCGGAAGGGAAGAGGCAGGAGCUGCUGGGGCAGUACCGAGCAGGGAGCGUGACGCUGGAAGAGCUGCUCCGCCUCGUCACCGUCAUCAUCCAGGAGACGGAAGCGAGGAGCAGCCACGUGAAGUUCCAGGGCCUCCGCAGACGGGUGACCGCCUCGGAGCUCUUCAGCUCGGACAUCCUGGACCAGAAGACGCUGGCUGACCUCACCCAGGGCACCACGACGGUGGAGGAGAUUGCGCAAAGGGACUCCGUCAAGAGGUACCUGGAGGGCACCAGCUGCAUCGCUGGCCUCCUGGUGCCCUCCAAGACCGACCCGUCCAAGAUGGAGAAGAUGAGCAUCUGCCAGGCCAUGUGGAAGGGGAUCCUGCGGCCGGGCACCGGCCUGGUGCUGCUGGAGGCGCAGGCGGCCACCGGCUUCAUCGUGGACCCGCUCCAGAACCAGAAGCUGUCCGUGGACGCCGCCGUGGCCGCCGGCCUGGUGGGCAGCGAGCUCCACGACAAGCUUCUCUCGGCCGAGAGAGCCGUGACCGGCUACCGCGACCCCUACACCGGGGACCAGAUCUCCCUCUUCCAGGCCAUGAAGAAAGACCUCAUCGUCAAGGACCACGGCAUCCGCCUGCUGGAGGCCCAGAUCGCCACCGGCGGCAUCAUCGACCCGGUGCACAGCCACCGCCUGCCCGUGGAGGUGGCCUACAAGCGGGGCUACUUCGACCAGGAGAUGAGCCAGGUCCUCUCGGACCCCAGCGACGACACCAAGGGCUUCUUCGACCCCAACACCCAGGAGAACCUCACCUACGCGCAGCUCCUCAGCCGCUGCGUCCCAGACCCCGACUCGGGGCUCCUCAUGCUGCAGCUCAUGGACAAGGGCUCCGUGCUCUUCCAGCUCAACGAGGACGCGCGCAAAGCCUUGCAGUCCGCCCGGGUGGCCGUCCACGUGGGCCUCUUCCAGGGCCAGAGCGUGUCCGUCUGGGAACUGCUCUUCUCCCGCUACGUCCUGGAGCACAGGAGGCAGGAGCUGCUGAGGAAGUACAAGGCGGGGCGGCUGAGCGUUCAGGAGAUGAUCACCGUCCUCACCACCAUCGUCACCGAGACCGAGGAGAAGAGCAGCCGGGAGCACGGGCCUGGCAAGAGCCCCAGCACCCAGCUGGAGGCAGGGCCGGAGGCGCGCUCCCCCGGGGCCGACCGCUCGUCCCGGGAAGACGGCUGGGAAAAGAGCUUGCGGGCCACCAUGGUCGACGUGCCCGCCGGCCAGUUCCGAGGGCGAAAGGUCUCCGUGUGGGAGCUGCUCUUCUCCGGGGACGUCGCCCCCGAGCGACGGCAAGAGCUGCUGGAGAAGCACAGAGCGGGCACGCUCCCCACCCAAGAGCUGGUCUCCAUCGUCAUCGCCAUCCUCAGCCGGGAGGCCCGAGGCAGCGCGGGCGAGCUAACCUCCAACGGGACAGCAGCCGGCAGAGAGAGGGCCGGGGAGGACGGCGCCGCCGCUCGUGCCCGAAAGGAGCGGGAGCGGGAGCCGGAGCCGGAGCCGGAGCCGGAGCGGGAGCCGGAGCGGGAGCUGGAGAAGGCCUUGAAGUCGAGGAGCGUGGCUGGGCCGGGCGGCGACUUUGCCGGGCGCGAGGUGUCUGUGUGGGAACUGCUCCACUCCAGAUACAUCUCGGAAGGGAAGAGGCAGGAGCUGCUGGGGCAGUACCGAGCAGGGAGCGUGACGCUGGAAGAGCUGCUCCGCCUCGUCACCGUCAUCAUCCAGGAGACGGAAGCGAGGAGCAGCCACGUGAAGUUCCAGGGCCUCCGCAGACGGGUGACCGCCUCGGAGCUCUUCAGCUCGGACAUCCUGGACCAGAAGACGCUGGCUGACCUCACCCAGGGCACCACGACGGUGGAGGAGAUUGCGCAAAGGGACUCCGUCAAGAGGUACCUGGAGGGCACCAGCUGCAUCGCUGGCCUCCUGGUGCCCUCCAAGACCGACCCGUCCAAGAUGGAGAAGAUGAGCAUCUGCCAGGCCAUGUGGAAGGGGAUCCUGCGGCCGGGCACCGGCCUGGUGCUGCUGGAGGCGCAGGCGGCCACCGGCUUCAUCGUGGACCCGCUCCAGAACCAGAAGCUGUCCGUGGACGCCGCCGUGGCCGCCGGCCUGGUGGGCAGCGAGCUCCACGACAAGCUUCUCUCGGCCGAGAGAGCCGUGACCGGCUACCGCGACCCCUACACCGGGGACCAGAUCUCCCUCUUCCAGGCCAUGAAGAAAGACCUCAUCGUCAAGGACCACGGCAUCCGCCUGCUGGAGGCCCAGAUCGCCACCGGCGGCAUCAUCGACCCGGUGCACAGCCACCGCCUGCCCGUGGAGGUGGCCUACAAGCGGGGCUACUUCGACCAGGAGAUGAGCCAGGUCCUCUCGGACCCCAGCGACGACACCAAGGGCUUCUUCGACCCCAACACCCAGGAGAACCUCACCUACGCGCAGCUCCUCAGCCGCUGCGUCCCAGACCCCGACUCGGGGCUCCUCAUGCUGCAGCUCAUGGACAAGGGCUCCGUGCUCUUCCAGCUCAACGAGGACGCGCGCAAAGCCUUGCAGUCCGCCCGGGUGGCCGUCCACGUGGGCCUCUUCCAGGGCCAGAGCGUGUCCGUCUGGGAACUGCUCUUCUCCCGCUACGUCCUGGAGCACAGGAGGCAGGAGCUGCUGAGGAAGUACAAGGCGGGGCGGCUGAGCGUUCAGGAGAUGAUCACCGUCCUCACCACCAUCGUCACCGAGACCGAGGAGAAGAGCAGCCGGGAGCACGGGCCUGGCAAGAGCCCCAGCACCCAGCUGGAGGCAGGGCCGGAGGCGCGCUCCCCCGGGGCCGACCGCUCGUCCCGGGAAGACGGCUGGGAAAAGAGCUUGCGGGCCACCAUGGUCGACGUGCCCGCCGGCCAGUUCCGAGGGCGAAAGGUCUCCGUGUGGGAGCUGCUCUUCUCCGGGGACGUCGCCCCCGAGCGACGGCAAGAGCUGCUGGAGAAGCACAGAGCGGGCACGCUCCCCACCCAAGAGCUGGUCUCCAUCGUCAUCGCCAUCCUCAGCCGGGAGGCCCGAGGCAGCGCGGGCGAGCUAACCUCCAACGGGACAGCAGCCGGCAGAGAGAGGGCCGGGGAGGACGGCGCCGCCGCUCGUGCCCGAAAGGAGCGGGAGCGGGAGCCGGAGCCGGAGCCGGAGCGGGAGCCGGAGCGGGAGCUGGAGAAGGCCUUGAAGUCGAGGAGCGUGGCUGGGCCGGGCGGCGACUUUGCCGGGCGCGAGGUGUCUGUGUGGGAACUGCUCCACUCCAGAUACAUCUCGGAAGGGAAGAGGCAGGAGCUGCUGGGGCAGUACCGAGCAGGGAGCGUGACGCUGGAAGAGCUGCUCCGCCUCGUCACCGUCAUCAUCCAGGAGACGGAAGCGAGGAGCAGCCACGUGAAGUUCCAGGGCCUCCGCAGACGGGUGACCGCCUCGGAGCUCUUCAGCUCGGACAUCCUGGACCAGAAGACGCUGGCUGACCUCACCCAGGGCACCACGACGGUGGAGGAGAUUGCGCAAAGGGACUCCGUCAAGAGGUACCUGGAGGGCACCAGCUGCAUCGCUGGCCUCCUGGUGCCCUCCAAGACCGACCCGUCCAAGAUGGAGAAGAUGAGCAUCUGCCAGGCCAUGUGGAAGGGGAUCCUGCGGCCGGGCACCGGCCUGGUGCUGCUGGAGGCGCAGGCGGCCACCGGCUUCAUCGUGGACCCGCUCCAGAACCAGAAGCUGUCCGUGGACGCCGCCGUGGCCGCCGGCCUGGUGGGCAGCGAGCUCCACGACAAGCUUCUCUCGGCCGAGAGAGCCGUGACCGGCUACCGCGACCCCUACACCGGGGACCAGAUCUCCCUCUUCCAGGCCAUGAAGAAAGACCUCAUCGUCAAGGACCACGGCAUCCGCCUGCUGGAGGCCCAGAUCGCCACCGGCGGCAUCAUCGACCCGGUGCACAGCCACCGCCUGCCCGUGGAGGUGGCCUACAAGCGGGGCUACUUCGACCAGGAGAUGAGCCAGGUCCUCUCGGACCCCAGCGACGACACCAAGGGCUUCUUCGACCCCAACACCCAGGAGAACCUCACCUACGCGCAGCUCCUCAGCCGCUGCGUCCCAGACCCCGACUCGGGGCUCCUCAUGCUGCAGCUCAUGGACAAGGGCUCCGUGCUCUUCCAGCUCAACGAGGACGCGCGCAAAGCCUUGCAGUCCGCCCGGGUGGCCGUCCACGUGGGCCUCUUCCAGGGCCAGAGCGUGUCCGUCUGGGAACUGCUCUUCUCCCGCUACGUCCUGGAGCACAGGAGGCAGGAGCUGCUGAGGAAGUACAAGGCGGGGCGGCUGAGCGUUCAGGAGAUGAUCACCGUCCUCACCACCAUCGUCACCGAGACCGAGGAGAAGAGCAGCCGGGAGCACGGGCCUGGCAAGAGCCCCAGCACCCAGCUGGAGGCAGGGCCGGAGGCGCGCUCCCCCGGGGCCGACCGCUCGUCCCGGGAAGACGGCUGGGAAAAGAGCUUGCGGGCCACCAUGGUCGACGUGCCCGCCGGCCAGUUCCGAGGGCGAAAGGUCUCCGUGUGGGAGCUGCUCUUCUCCGGGGACGUCGCCCCCGAGCGACGGCAAGAGCUGCUGGAGAAGCACAGAGCGGGCACGCUCCCCACCCAAGAGCUGGUCUCCAUCGUCAUCGCCAUCCUCAGCCGGGAGGCCCGAGGCAGCGCGGGCGAGCUAACCUCCAACGGGACAGCAGCCGGCAGAGAGAGGGCCGGGGAGGACGGCGCCGCCGCUCGUGCCCGAAAGGAGCGGGAGCGGGAGCCGGAGCCGGAGCCGGAGCCGGAGCGGGAGCCGGAGCGGGAGCUGGAGAAGGCCUUGAAGUCGAGGAGCGUGGCUGGGCCGGGCGGCGACUUUGCCGGGCGCGAGGUGUCUGUGUGGGAACUGCUCCACUCCAGAUACAUCUCGGAAGGGAAGAGGCAGGAGCUGCUGGGGCAGUACCGAGCAGGGAGCGUGACGCUGGAAGAGCUGCUCCGCCUCGUCACCGUCAUCAUCCAGGAGACGGAAGCGAGGAGCAGCCACGUGAAGUUCCAGGGCCUCCGCAGACGGGUGACCGCCUCGGAGCUCUUCAGCUCGGACAUCCUGGACCAGAAGACGCUGGCUGACCUCACCCAGGGCACCACGACGGUGGAGGAGAUUGCGCAAAGGGACUCCGUCAAGAGGUACCUGGAGGGCACCAGCUGCAUCGCUGGCCUCCUGGUGCCCUCCAAGACCGACCCGUCCAAGAUGGAGAAGAUGAGCAUCUGCCAGGCCAUGUGGAAGGGGAUCCUGCGGCCGGGCACCGGCCUGGUGCUGCUGGAGGCGCAGGCGGCCACCGGCUUCAUCGUGGACCCGCUCCAGAACCAGAAGCUGUCCGUGGACGCCGCCGUGGCCGCCGGCCUGGUGGGCAGCGAGCUCCACGACAAGCUUCUCUCGGCCGAGAGAGCCGUGACCGGCUACCGCGACCCCUACACCGGGGACCAGAUCUCCCUCUUCCAGGCCAUGAAGAAAGACCUCAUCGUCAAGGACCACGGCAUCCGCCUGCUGGAGGCCCAGAUCGCCACCGGCGGCAUCAUCGACCCGGUGCACAGCCACCGCCUGCCCGUGGAGGUGGCCUACAAGCGGGGCUACUUCGACCAGGAGAUGAGCCAGGUCCUCUCGGACCCCAGCGACGACACCAAGGGCUUCUUCGACCCCAACACCCAGGAGAACCUCACCUACGCGCAGCUCCUCAGCCGCUGCGUCCCAGACCCCGACUCGGGGCUCCUCAUGCUGCAGCUCAUGGACAAGGGCUCCGUGCUCUUCCAGCUCAACGAGGACGCGCGCAAAGCCUUGCAGUCCGCCCGGGUGGCCGUCCACGUGGGCCUCUUCCAGGGCCAGAGCGUGUCCGUCUGGGAACUGCUCUUCUCCCGCUACGUCCUGGAGCACAGGAGGCAGGAGCUGCUGAGGAAGUACAAGGCGGGGCGGCUGAGCGUUCAGGAGAUGAUCACCGUCCUCACCACCAUCGUCACCGAGACCGAGGAGAAGAGCAGCCGGGAGCACGGGCCUGGCAAGAGCCCCAGCACCCAGCUGGAGGCAGGGCCGGAGGCGCGCUCCCCCGGGGCCGACCGCUCGUCCCGGGAAGACGGCUGGGAAAAGAGCUUGCGGGCCACCAUGGUCGACGUGCCCGCCGGCCAGUUCCGAGGGCGAAAGGUCUCCGUGUGGGAGCUGCUCUUCUCCGGGGACGUCGCCCCCGAGCGACGGCAAGAGCUGCUGGAGAAGCACAGAGCGGGCACGCUCCCCACCCAAGAGCUGGUCUCCAUCGUCAUCGCCAUCCUCAGCCGGGAGGCCCGAGGCAGCGCGGGCGAGCUAACCUCCAACGGGACAGCAGCCGGCAGAGAGAGGGCCGGGGAGGACGGCGCCGCCGCUCGUGCCCGAAAGGAGCGGGAGCCGGAGCCGGAGCCGGAGCCGGAGCCGGAGCGGGAGCCGGAGCGGGAGCUGGAGAAGGCCUUGAAGUCGAGGAGCGUGGCCGGGCCGGGCGGCGACUUUGCCGGGCGCGAGGUGUCUGUGUGGGAACUGCUCCACUCCAGAUACAUCUCGGAAGGGAAGAGGCAGGAGCUGCUGGGGCAGUACCGAGCAGGGAGCGUGACGCUGGAAGAGCUGCUCCGCCUCGUCACCGUCAUCAUCCAGGAGACGGAAGCGAGGAGCAGCCACGUGAAGUUCCAGGGCCUCCGCAGACGGGUGACCGCCUCGGAGCUCUUCAGCUCGGACAUCCUGGACCAGAAGACGCUGGCUGACCUCACCCAGGGCACCACGACGGUGGAGGAGAUUGCGCAAAGGGACUCCGUCAAGAGGUACCUGGAGGGCACCAGCUGCAUCGCUGGCCUCCUGGUGCCCUCCAAGACCGACCCGUCCAAGAUGGAGAAGAUGAGCAUCUGCCAGGCCAUGUGGAAGGGGAUCCUGCGGCCGGGCACCGGCCUGGUGCUGCUGGAGGCGCAGGCGGCCACCGGCUUCAUCGUGGACCCGCUCCAGAACCAGAAGCUGUCCGUGGACGCCGCCGUGGCCGCCGGCCUGGUGGGCAGCGAGCUCCACGACAAGCUUCUCUUGGCCGAGAGAGCCGUGACCGGCUACCGCGACCCCUACACCGGGGACCAGAUCUCCCUCUUCCAGGCCAUGAAGAAAGACCUCAUCGUCAAGGACCACGGCAUCCGCCUGCUGGAGGCCCAGAUCGCCACCGGCGGCAUCAUCGACCCGGUGCACAGCCACCGCCUGCCCGUGGAGGUGGCCUACAAGCGGGGCUACUUCGACCAGGAGAUGAGCCAGGUCCUCUCGGACCCCAGCGACGACACCAAGGGCUUCUUCGACCCCAACACCCAGGAGAACCUCACCUACGCGCAGCUCCUCAGCCGCUGCGUCCCAGACCCCGACUCGGGGCUCCUCAUGCUGCAGCUCAUGGACAAGGGCUCCGUGCUCUUCCAGCUCAACGAGGACGCGCGCAAAGCCUUGCAGUCCGCCCGGGUGGCCGUCCACGUGGGCCUCUUCCAGGGCCAGAGCGUGUCCGUCUGGGAACUGCUCUUCUCCCGCUACGUCCUGGAGCACAGGAGGCAGGAGCUGCUGAGGAAGUACAAGGCGGGGCGGCUGAGCGUUCAGGAGAUGAUCACCGUCCUCACCACCAUCGUCACCGAGACCGAGGAGAAGAGCAGCCGGGAGCACGGGCCUGGCAAGAGCCCCAGCACCCAGCUGGAGGCAGGGCCGGAGGCGCGCUCCCCCGGGGCCGACCGCUCGUCCCGGGAAGACGGCUGGGAAAAGAGCUUGCGGGCCACCAUGGUCGACGUGCCCGCCGGCCAGUUCCGAGGGCGAAAGGUCUCCGUGUGGGAGCUGCUCUUCUCCGGGGACGUCGCCCCCGAGCGACGGCAAGAGCUGCUGGAGAAGCACAGAGCGGGCACGCUCCCCACCCAAGAGCUGGUCUCCAUCGUCAUUGCCAUCCUCAGCCGGGAGGCCCGAGGCAGCGCGGGCGAGCUAACCUCCAACGGGACAGCAGCCGGCAGAGAGAGGGCCGGGGAGGACGGCGCCGCCGCUCGUGCCCGAAAGGAGCGGGAGCCGGAGCCGGAGCCGGAGCCGGAGCCGGAGCGGGAGCCGGAGCGGGAGCUGGAGAAGGCCUUGAAGUCGAGGAGCGUGGCCGGGCCGGGCGGCGACUUUGCCGGGCGCGAGGUGUCUGUGUGGGAACUGCUCCACUCCAGAUACAUCUCGGAAGGGAAGAGGCAGGAGCUGCUGGGGCAGUACCGAGCAGGGAGCGUGACGCUGGAAGAGCUGCUCCGCCUCGUCACCGUCAUCAUCCAGGAGACGGAAGCGAGGAGCAGCCACGUGAAGUUCCAGGGCCUCCGCAGACGGGUGACCGCCUCGGAGCUCUUCAGCUCGGACAUCCUGGACCAGAAGACGCUGGCUGACCUCACCCAGGGCACCACGACGGUGGAGGAGAUUGCGCAAAGGGACUCCGUCAAGAGGUACCUGGAGGGCACCAGCUGCAUCGCUGGCCUCCUGGUGCCCUCCAAGACCGACCCGUCCAAGAUGGAGAAGAUGAGCAUCUGCCAGGCCAUGUGGAAGGGGAUCCUGCGGCCGGGCACCGGCCUGGUGCUGCUGGAGGCGCAGGCGGCCACCGGCUUCAUCGUGGACCCGCUCCAGAACCAGAAGCUGUCCGUGGACGCCGCCGUGGCCGCCGGCCUGGUGGGCAGCGAGCUCCACGACAAGCUUCUCUCGGCCGAGAGAGCCGUGACCGGCUACCGCGACCCCUACACCGGGGACCAGAUCUCCCUCUUCCAGGCCAUGAAGAAAGACCUCAUCGUCAAGGACCACGGCAUCCGCCUGCUGGAGGCCCAGAUCGCCACCGGCGGCAUCAUCGACCCGGUGCACAGCCACCGCCUGCCCGUGGAGGUGGCCUACAAGCGGGGCUACUUCGACCAGGAGAUGAGCCAGGUCCUCUCGGACCCCAGCGACGACACCAAGGGCUUCUUCGACCCCAACACCCAGGAGAACCUCACCUACGCGCAGCUCCUCAGCCGCUGCGUCCCAGACCCCGACUCGGGGCUCCUCAUGCUGCAGCUCAUGGACAAGGGCUCCGUGCUCUUCCAGCUCAACGAGGACGCGCGCAAAGCCUUGCAGUCCGCCCGGGUGGCCGUCCACGUGGGCCUCUUCCAGGGCCAGAGCGUGUCCGUCUGGGAACUGCUCUUCUCCCGCUACGUCCUGGAGCACAGGAGGCAGGAGCUGCUGAGGAAGUACAAGGCGGGGCGGCUGAGCGUUCAGGAGAUGAUCACCGUCCUCACCACCAUCGUCACCGAGACCGAGGAGAAGAGCAGCCGGGAGCACGGGCCUGGCAAGAGCCCCAGCACCCAGCUGGAGGCAGGGCCGGAGGCGCGCUCCCCCGGGGCCGACCGCUCGUCCCGGGAAGACGGCUGGGAAAAGAGCUUGCGGGCCACCAUGGUCGACGUGCCCGCCGGCCAGUUCCGAGGGCGAAAGGUCUCCGUGUGGGAGCUGCUCUUCUCCGGGGACGUCGCCCCCGAGCGACGGCAAGAGCUGCUGGAGAAGCACAGAGCGGGCACGCUCCCCACCCAAGAGCUGGUCUCCAUCGUCAUUGCCAUCCUCAGCCGGGAGGCCCGAGGCAGCGCGGGCGAGCUAACCUCCAACGGGACAGCAGCCGGCAGAGAGAGGGCCGGGGAGGACGGCGCCGCCGCUCGUGCCCGAAAGGAGCGGGAGCCGGAGCCGGAGCCGGAGCCGGAGCGGGAGCCGGAGCGGGAGCUGGAGAAGGCCUUGAAGUCGAGGAGCGUGGCCGGGCCGGGCGGCGACUUUGCCGGGCGCGAGGUGUCUGUGUGGGAACUGCUCCACUCCAGAUACAUCUCGGAAGGGAAGAGGCAGGAGCUGCUGGGGCAGUACCGAGCAGGGAGCGUGACGCUGGAAGAGCUGCUCCGCCUCGUCACCGUCAUCAUCCAGGAGACGGAAGCGAGGAGCAGCCACGUGAAGUUCCAGGGCCUCCGCAGACGGGUGACCGCCUCGGAGCUCUUCAGCUCGGACAUCCUGGACCAGAAGACGCUGGCUGACCUCACCCAGGGCACCACGACGGUGGAGGAGAUUGCGCAAAGGGACUCCGUCAAGAGGUACCUGGAGGGCACCAGCUGCAUCGCUGGCCUCCUGGUGCCCUCCAAGACCGACCCGUCCAAGAUGGAGAAGAUGAGCAUCUGCCAGGCCAUGUGGAAGGGGAUCCUGCGGCCGGGCACCGGCCUGGUGCUGCUGGAGGCGCAGGCGGCCACCGGCUUCAUCGUGGACCCGCUCCAGAACCAGAAGCUGUCCGUGGACGCCGCCGUGGCCGCCGGCCUGGUGGGCAGCGAGCUCCACGACAAGCUUCUCUCGGCCGAGAGAGCCGUGACCGGCUACCGCGACCCCUACACCGGGGACCAGAUCUCCCUCUUCCAGGCCAUGAAGAAAGACCUCAUCGUCAAGGACCACGGCAUCCGCCUGCUGGAGGCCCAGAUCGCCACCGGCGGCAUCAUCGACCCGGUGCACAGCCACCGCCUGCCCGUGGAGGUGGCCUACAAGCGGGGCUACUUCGACCAGGAGAUGAGCCAGGUCCUCUCGGACCCCAGCGACGACACCAAGGGCUUCUUCGACCCCAACACCCAGGAGAACCUCACCUACGCGCAGCUCCUCAGCCGCUGCGUCCCAGACCCCGAGAGUGGACUUUGUUUGUUGGAGGUUAGGAAGCAGGGAUAUUAAGUCACCUUUUGGAUUGUCUGCUGUAUUAUUACUUUGUUUUUCAAAGCUUUUAUUAUUUUAAUUACAUUAGUGCCUACAGUGUUUAUCUCUUUUGUACCUACAUAGUCUAUCUUUGCCCUUUCGAUUUUGCCCGUGUUAUAUUUCUCCUUUAUUUUUCCUGCUCAGUUCUGUAUUACUUUCUCUUUCUUUUUUCAAUGUUCUUUACCAAUUGAUUUGUAUUUUAUUCUUUCAUAUUUUGUGGUUUCUCAUUUUUCUCUCAGUGUUGCACGAUUCUUUCCCGCUUUUUUUCCUGUAACCUCUUCUCCUGGAGAGCCUCAGGAAAUCCGUGGGUUUUGUGCGGGCUCCCUGAAGCUCUUGGCUCAUACCGUAAAUACUGAGUUAAUGAUACAUAGAAACAUAGAUCAAGGGAGCGAUCCUUGGUAUCCUCUCUGUACGUAAUUUCCAAUUCAUAUAGUUCAGAGAUGAAAUGAGACAGCCAAACCAUCUGCGCAGGCUGGAACUGGCAUGGUCUCUGGGCUUGAGGUCAGUAUUCGGGGGACUCGGCUGUGAAGUGUACGGUGGAGGUUUAUUGUCCAGAAUGAUCAGCAGAGAUUUGCAUGACACCUGCCUGCUCUACUCUGAUUUAUACUGCUUAGUUCUUCGCUGAGGUUUGUGAACCUAUGGGUGUCUGGCUGGGUUUACUUUGUCCUUACUUUUAUGUGCACUUUAUUGACGCACAGACCUAUUACACUGUCAGAGUUCCUCUUCUCUACUGAGAUCUGUCUGUACACUGUGGUUUGUGGAGGCUAGCCAGGAACUGAGGGAUCCUGGGUCUUAUUUCCAUGUUUUUGUUUAUUCAAAGCUGCAACAUUCCCUUUUUGCAUUUCGGGCAAAUGGAAGGAAAGGUGCCUCAGCCUUCUAGCCAGCCUGCUCCGAGGAUUUCUGUCCUGGGUUCAGCUCUCCUUGCCAUGUGAGCCCCUGAACGAGCUUUGCCAGUGCUGUACGCCUGCCUAAACCCUGCCUGGGGCAAAGUGAGGGCGCUGCCAGGGCUGCAUUCUCCUGGAGGGAAUGUCUCCUGGAACCGGCUCUGUCACAAAGUGCGCCCCGGGCUCCUUCCUCUGACUCAAUAAAGGGAAACUUUUAAAACCUGGAAAA